AUGCCUAUCACAUGGCACUACAGCCUCAUUGGGUCACCUUUGGGAACUCUGCUGUUCUGCAGUUUUUCCAAGAUCACAGGCACUUUCUUCAUCUCUUUGGCUGCUACAGUGAGCUCCAGACUAAAGCAAUUCUCCUUGGCUUUAUGUCAUGGGUUCAACCUUGACACUGAAAAUGCAGUGAUCUUUCAAGAGAACGUAAGGAGCUUUGGACAGAGCGUGGUCCAGCUUGAGGGAUCCCGGGUGGUGGUUGGAGCCCCCCAGGAGAUAAAGGCUCCCAACCAAACAGGUGGCCUCUACCAGUGUGACUACAGCAUGGCCACCUGUGAGCCCAUCCACCUGCAGGUCCCCCCCGAGGCUGUCAACAUGUCUCUGGGUCUGUCUUUGGCAUUUGCCACCAACCCUUUCCGGCUGCUGGCCUGCGGCCCCACCCUACACCAAAUUUGCAAGGAGAACACCUAUGUGAAUGGCUUCUGCUUCCUGUUUGGACCCAAUCUACUGCAGCAGCCCCAGAGGCUACCAAAGACCCUCAGAGAGUGCCCUCAACAGGAUAGUGACAUUGCUUUCUUGAUUGAUGGCUCUGGUAGCAUCAUCUCAAGUGACUUUCAGCGGAUGAAGGAGUUUGUCUCGACUAUGAUGAACCAAUUCACAAAGUCUAAAACCUUGUUCUCUUUGAUGCAGUACUCUGAAGACUUCCAGAUUCAUUUCACCUUCAAAGAUUUCAAGGAUAAACCUAACCCGAGACUGCUGGUGAGGCCAAUAAAGCAGCUGUAUGGGGAGACACACACUGCCACAGGAAUCCUGAAAGUAAUAAGAGAAGUGUUUAACAGCAGAAACGGAGCCCGGGAGAAUGCCCGAAAGAUCCUAGUUGUCAUCACAGAUGGAGUAAAGUAUGGUGAUCCCUUAGAGUACAAGGAUGUCAUCCCUGAGGCAGACAGAGAGGGUGUCAUUCGCUACGUCAUUGGGGUGGGAGUUGCCUUCAAUAGUGAGAGAUCCCGCCAAGAGCUUAAUACCAUUGCAUCCAAGCCGCCUCGUGAUCACGUGUUCCGGGUGAAUAACUUUGAAGCUCUAAAGACCAUUCAGAACCAGCUUCAGGAGAAGAUCUUUGCGAUUGAGGGUACUCAGAUAGGAAGUACCAGCUCCUUUGAGUAUGAGAUGUCUCAGGAAGGCUUCAGUGCUUCCAUAACCUCCAAUGGUCCCUUGCUGGGUGCUGUGGGGAGCUUUGACUGGGCUGGUGGAGCCUUUCUUCAUAUGCCAGAGGAUAAAAUCACCUUCAUCAACACAACCAGGGUAGAUUCAGACAUGAAUGAUGCUUACUUGGGUUAUGCUACCGAAGUCAUCUUGCGAGGCCAAGUGCAAGCCCUGGUUCUGGGAGCACCUCGAUAUCAGCAUACUGGUCUAGUGAUGAUGUUCAGACAGAAUGCUGGUGCCUGGGAGACCAACACUCUUAUCAAGGGCAGCCAGAUCGGCUCCUACUUCGGGGCCUCGCUCUGCUCUGUGGACGUGAAUAGAGAUGGUAGUUCCGACCUGGUCCUCAUCGGGGCCCCCCAUUACUAUGAGCUGACUCGCGGGGGCCAGGUGUCUGUGUGCCCCUUGCCCCGGGGGAGGUCUAGGUGGCAGUGUAACGCUGUUCUCCGUGGGGAGCAAGGCCAUCCCUGGAGUCGCUUUGGGGCAGCCCUGACAGUGCUGGGGGAUGUAAAUGGAGACAAGCUGAUGGACGUGGCCAUCGGGGCCCCAGGAGAGCAGGAGAACCGGGGUGCUGUCUACCUAUUUCAUGGAACCUCAGAACUGGGCAUCAGCCUCUCCCACAGCCAGCGGAUUGCAGGCUCCCAGCUCUCCUCUAGGCUCCAGUAUUUUGGACAGUCACUGAGUGGGGGCCAGGACCUCACAAUGGAUGGACUGGUGGAUCUGGCUGUGGGGGCCCAGGGGCAUGUACUGCUGCUCAGGUCCCAGCCUGUGCUGAAAGUUGAGGUGACCAUGGAGUUCACACCCAGGGAAUUGGCAAGGAAUGUGUUUGAGUGUCGUGAACAUGUGAUGAAAGACCAGACUGCUGGGGAGGUCAGAGUCUGCCUCCGUGUUCACAAGAGCACACGGGACCGGCUGAGAGAAGGAGAUAUCCAGAGCAUUGUCACAUAUGACCUGGCCCUGGACCCAAGUCAUCAGCUUUCCCGGGCCAUCUUUGAUGAGACAAAGAACAACACAUACAGACAGACACAGAGCUUGGGGCUGAAUCAGAAAUGUGAGACCUUGAAGCUACAGUUACCGGAUUGUGUAAAGAACUCAGUAACUCCGAUUGUCCUUCGCCUCAACUUCUCUCUGGUGGGGCAGCCCUUGUCCUCUUUUGGGAACCUUCGGCCAGUGCUGGCUGUGGAUGCUCAGAGACUCUUCACAGCCUUGUUUCCCUUUGAGAAGAAUUGUGGUAAUGACAGCAUCUGCCAGGAUGACCUCAGCAUCGCCUUCAGUUUUAUGAGCCUGGACACCCUGGUGGUGGGUGGUCCCCGGGACUUCAACGUGACGCUGACUGUGAGAAACCAGGGCGAGGAUUCCUACAAGACUCAAGUCACCUUCUUCUACCCUCCUGGCUUGUCCUAUCGGACUGUGUCAGGGGUCCAGAACUGGCACUCAUGGCGAUCCUGGCAUGUGACCUGUGAGUCUGAUACCUCCAUCAAAGGUCCUGAUGCCUUGCAGAGCUGCAGAUGCAACAUAAAUCACCCCAUCUUCCCAGAAAACUCAGAGGUCACCUUUAAUAUCACAUUAGAUGUGGAAUCUAAUGCUUCCCUUGGAAACAGAGUACUUCUCAAAGCCAGUGUGACCAGUGAUAACAACAUGCCCAGGACCAACAAAACUGAAUUCCAGCUGGAGCUACCUGUGAAAUACACUGUCUAUAUGGUGGUCACCAGCCAUGAGGUCUCUACCAAAUAUCUCAACUUCACAGCUUCAGAGAAGACCAGCCAUGUUAUAAAGCAUCAGUAUCAGUUCAACAACUUGGGACAGAGGAGCCUCCCCAUCAGUGUGGUAUUCUGGAUCCCUAUCCAGCUGAACAAGGUGGCUGUGUGGGAACAUCCCCAGGUCACCUUCUCCCAGAACCUCUCCAGUACAUGCCACACUGAGGAGAGGGUCCCCCCUCACUCUGACUUCCUGGCCAUGCUUAAGAUGACCUCAGUGCUGAACUGCUCCAUUGCUGUCUGUCAGAGAGUCCAGUGUGACAUCCUGUCCUUUGACAGCCAAGAAGAAUUCAACGUCACCCUUAAAGGCAACCUUUCAUUUGACUGGUAUAUCAAAACUUCACAUAAUUACCUUCAGGUUCUGAGCACAGCGGAGAUCUUGUUUAAUGACUUGAUGUUUGCCCUGCUUCCAGGACAGGGGGCAUUUGUGAGGGCCCAGACAGAGACCAAAGUGGAGCCAUAUGAAGUGCACGACCCUGUACCACUUAUUGUGGGCAGCUCCGUGGGGGGCUUGGUGCUCUUGGCCCUCAUUACCAUGGGACUGUACAAGCUCGGUUUCUUCAAACGGCAGUACAAGGAUAUGAUGAGUGAAGCUGGUCCUGAAACUGCCCCACCCCAAUAACAGCUCCUUCUGCAUUGACUGGGCUCUCCUGAAGCAAGCAGACAUGUCCAUUAGGAGACUGGGGUGGUGAUGUCUCACUCAGGAAAGACCUGCUUGGGUUUCCAUUUCCAUUCAUGUGUGUGUGUGCAACUGUGCUCAUGAGUGUGUGUGACUCAGAUGUCUCUUGCAUGGGGGCAAGUGCCUUCAGUACACCUUCUCAGGCACAAGGGAAUUGCUUGGGCUUCCUUGUGUGAAGGUGCUGGUAGGCAUUCCUCCUAGACAGAGGUGAUGACGGGUCUUGUGGGUGAACUUAAAAGGAAAGCAGUAGAUGCUCUCCCCACUGAAGGAAAUGAGACCUCCCUUUGUGGAUGAACAUGCAGACCUGCAGAAGCUUGUGUAGCUGGGACUGAUACUGCUUGGAGAAACCAAUGUAGAACCAGUAUCUGGUUAGUCAACAGGAGCCUGUCCAAACCCAUCCCACAUGAGAAGUAAAUAUGCCCAAUAAGC